GGGCUCUGGGCUCUCCGAGCUUUUCUGUUGGUGCGAGGCGGCGGUGCCACCUAGCCAUGGUGGCGAAGCAACCCACGCCUGGCGGUGGCUGUCGUCCAGCGACCACUAAGAAGUCCCCGGUCAAGGCGCCCACAGAACGCAACAGCCUCUACGUGAUGACAGACUGUUCUGGCAUCGAGGCGCCUCUCCAAGCUUUGUCCGGUUUGGGUGUGGACAUCGUACAUGUCGCUGCCAGCGAGAAUCCCAAGAGUUUGCAAAAGUUCCUGGGAAACAACAUCAAGCCGGUGUACUUCUUCAAGGACAUGCUCGAGAGGGACGAUUCCGCCAUCGAUUCCCCGAUCGACGUCUACAUUGCUGGCCCACCUUGCCAGACAUUCAGUCGUGCAGGGCGACGCGGUGGGGACGGGGCUCUGUUCAAUCGGUGCAUCGAUACGAUUGUCUCGAAACGGCCCCGUGUGUUUCUCCUCGAGAACGUAGAUGGCUUAGUGGCGAGGCAUGGCUCUCUCCUCGAGUCGUUCAUCACGCGGUUCAAAGACGAUGGCGGGUACAAUGUGUACACAAAUAUGCUGGACUCAGCGAAGGUUGGUGGAGUACCGCAGCAUCGGCAGAGGAUCUAUCUCAUCGGGAUCCUGAAGACCGUGGACGAUGGCACCUUCGAGUGGCCGCACGAGUUCAAGCAGUGCGGAAUGAAGACGAUCCUCGACCCCAAGGAGACGCCGUUCAAAAUGGUUGCCCCGAAGGCGACGCAGACCACGGCCUGCAACAAUUUGAUCGAGGCAAUUGAGGCCAUCAAGAAGCUGAGUUGGGACCCGACGAAGAAGGCGUGCGUCAUAGACAUAGACAGCACCAAGAUGAAUUGGCGUCACGACGAGUCCUUGUGCUUGACGGCGAGCCGUGGCAGGACGGGAGGUUACUACGUUUCCAAUCGUGGUCGCCGGCUCCGCUUGAACGAAUGCCUUCGCCUCCAGGCCCACAACCCGAAGCUGAUCAAGAUCGGAAAAGUUUCGGUGAACCAGAUGAUGGCGGCCGCUGGCAAUGCCAUGACGGUCAGCGUGAUCGAGCGCUUGAUGCUACGGGCCUUGCCAGCGGCGCAAUUAGCCGACUCACGCAUGCUUCAGAAGCGCUGGGAGGACCUCGCGAGUGCUACGGCCACUCUUGCGAGCAUGCGUUGAAACUAAUGGUCUGGCUUUGCGUGGGUAGCACUGCAGAGGACCGUUGAGGCGGGCGCUCAAGCGCCGUGAAGUUUCCUGGGGAGCUCGCGAGAGG